AUGGCCGUGGGCCCGACUCUUGGGACGGGCCUGUUCAUUGGCGCCGGCCAGGCUCUGGCCGUCGGCGGUCCUGGGACUCUGCUCAUCUCCUACAUAUUCUUAUCACUCCUGACCUACUUUAUGGCCACGACUGUUGCUGAGGUUGCCAUCCAUGCACCUUCUCGAUAUGGCUCCAUGGUUGCAAAUGGCUUUCGAUACCUUCCGUCCAGUCUUGGCCUCGCGACCGCCACCCUUCGCUGGUACACUCUCGCUAUGUUCGUCCCUUACGAAAUCACGACAGCAAUGGUCAACCUCGGGCUGUGGAAAACAAGUCCCACCGUCGCAAUUCGAAUGCUGCUUAUGAUGUCCAUCAUCGUCGGGUUCAACUACCUCCCUGAGCGAAGCUUUCGGAGCUCCGAGCAGCUCUUCAGCAGAAUCAAAAUCGGCACGAUGGCCUUUCUCUUAAUUCUGUCCUUGUCUAUUGGUCUGGGAGGUGCUACCGGCCAUGAUAAAUGGGGUUUCCAAUACUGGAAUAAACCGGGCGCUAUGAAUGAAUAUCUGGCCAGGGGCACCGUGGGGAAGGUCGGAGGCGUCAUUCAAUGCCUGUUAUACAGUUCGAUUGCCUUCACGAUCGCACCGGAGUUGAUCGUGCACCGAGCGGAAACUCCAGACCUGACUGAUGGCCUGGAAAUCGGCGAGCCGUACGAUCCUAACAUUCAGUCCGGAAUCCCGAGACGUGUUCUAUAUGAUGUCGCGACCACCGUGGUCCCCUAUAUCUUGAGCUCCUUGGCUAUGGGUGUCAUGGCCCCAUACAAUGAUCCUCUGUUGAACAACAAUGGUGCUGGCGGUGGUCUCUCGCCCUUCGUAAUUGGAAUCAACACCGCAAAGAUUCGCAUUAUCCCAGUGACGGCGACUCUCGCGAUCCUUAUCUCUUCGGUGUCGUCCGGUCGAUCGUUCCUGUACCUGGCCUCACGCACGCUUUGCGCAAUGGCUGAACUCGGCCAUGCUCCUGAGAUUUUUAAAGCUCGAAACCAGUGGGGUGUUCCGUAUGUGGCGACGACGGCUACCUCGUUGUUCGCUCUCCUUGCCUUCAUGUCUGUUGCGGUUUCAAGCUCCACCGUCUUGACCUACUUCUUGGUCUUCAUCAACAGCUGUGGGUAUCUUUCUUGGAUGUUGUCAUGUGUCCUGUACCGUCGCUUUCGCCAUCAUCUCCAUCGACAGGGACAGAGUGACUCCUUUCGCUUUUCGGUCCAGCCCGUGGGUACUUAUAUUGGCUUCUUGAUCAGCACCAUCAUGCUGUUAGCUAACGGAAUGGUGGGUGGCCCGCCGGGACCUCGGCCUGGAUCAAGAGCAUCGCGACUUCUGGCAGCUUACUUUGGAGUCCCUGUCUUUGCGACUAUCUACUUCAUUCACCGAUUCCAAACGCUGUUCUCUUAUCGGUCGCAUGCUAAGGACGCAUCCAUUAACAAGGAUAUUCCUGAAGGUCCCACGGAGGCGUUGCACACGCGGCGGGGCCAACCUGCAACACCACCUUCACCUAUCGAGAUGGAUCAGGUCUGGUCGAUGGCUGUGGAGGCUUGA